AUGCGCAGCCUAUGCUCUGUGCUGGAGGUGGAAGAGAACCUAACGUAUGUAUUAGGAACUGUUAGGAUCCGCCAGCACUUACCUUUUAUUUUCAGGGUUUCCCAGCGUUUUGUUUUAUCCCGGGGUGUAUUUAGUUUUUCUCGGUUUUCUUUAGUUUCCCCCGAUCGCUUUUGUUCUUGGUGUUGUUUUGCGUUUGUUUUCCCGUUUUGCUCCCUGCUCCCCCUAGCGGCCUGGAGCGGUACUGUUUUCGGAGGUUGCUGCGGUAACCAGCCAAUAGAUCGCUGGAGGGCGGACUCCACACACACCUGCGCCUCAUUCCUCAUCUCAUCAACUCCUGCAUUUAUACGCCGGCUUUUCCUGCAUUCCUCGCCAGAUUGUCUGCUCACCAUACGACCUUCCCCCCCGCUCCUGGUUCCGCCGCUCCUGGUUCUCCUGCGUUCCUACGGCUUCCUGUUUUCUGGUCCCACCGUUCCUGGUCUUCCUGCGUUCCUGCAUCCGUUCUCCACCUACAUCCUGCACUUCGGUUCCUCUACUCAUCGUUCGUUCCCUGCAUCCCGGUUCAUCGCUCCUGGUCACCUGUCCGCCCUGCAGUUCCCCGGCGCUACCAGUACCGCUCUUGCCGCCCCCCUCUCGUUUUGUCUCAGCGGCACCAUCGGACUUCCCGAUUGCGGCUUGGAGCGGUACUGUUCCCGGAGUUCGCUGCGGAAGCCAGCCAAUGGAUCGGUGGAGGGCGGACUCUACUCACCUGUGCCUCGUUUUCCAUCUCAUCAACCACUGCAUUUAAACGCCGGCUUUUCCUCUGCUCUUCGCCAGAUUGUCUGCUUGCCAACACGAUUUGGUUCCUUUGUUCCUGGCAUCCUGGUUCCACCGCUCCUGGUUUCCCAGCAUUCCUGCCGCCUCCCGGACUUGAUUCCUUCGCUCUUCGUAUCCUGGUUCCACCGCUCCUGGUUUCCCAGCGUUCCUGCCACCUCCCGGACUUGA